GGGCAUUUAUAGUGGAACCAUUACGUUAAAAGAUCUAAAUGUAUCAAUUUCAAUAGAAUUAUUACUGGCAUCUGAUCUCCUCCUCCUUCAUGAUUUUCUCGACUUUUUAAAAGUUGAAUUAUUAGAAAGAAAUAAAACGCAUUGGAAAGAUGAUGAAAUUCUUUAUAUGUUAAACGUUUCUUACCGUAUUCCAUCCCGUUAUGAUCUCUACUUAGUUUGCCAAGAUAUGGUAGCGGAAAGGCCAGUGAUCUUGUUUGGUUCUCCGGAAUUUUUAUCGAUUGAUGAGGAUUUAUUACUUAGCAUAUUGAAGUUGGACAUGAUUUGCUUGCCUGAACAAUCAAUAUUUGAUAAUUUGAUUCGAUGGGGCAUCGCAAACACUCCAAAUUAUAGCACCAUAACUGAUAAAACUUCUCGGUUUAACGCUUUAGGAACUACUCUUGAAGAUGCUUUACAAUUAAUUCGUUAUGAUAAUAUUAAAGGUUCAAUUAUUGAAUAUGAACAAAUCUUACCGGAUAAAGUUGUUUUAUAUAAAAUUCCUCCUCGUUCUAAUUAUAUAGUUGAACCAAAGGGUCCUUCAUUAAUGAUAAUGAAACUUAAAAAUUCGGGAAAAUUCAUUGGUGCUUACAAUCCCAUUCAAUGGAAACAAGGUUCAAGUAGCUGUUGUGGUUCUACUUCUGAAAGUUUUAUUUUUACCUAUGACGAUAAAUAUGGUUCAAAUUAUCGCUUAUGUAGAGUUAAAAAUUUUGAUCAUGCUGUCUGCCUAGUAAGUGACUUUGGCGGCCUAUUAAAUUUCGGUGAAGAUUUAAUGUUUAAAUUUGAUAAAGAAACUGUUAGAUGUCAUAUUAAGUGUAAAUUUUAUGAUCAAACUACAUUGGCUGGAAGUACUAAUUCUCCUGUUGAAUCAAAGAUUGUUAUUGCCAACCAUCAUGAACCUUCAUUGAUGUUAAUGAAAUUAAAAAAUGGAAAAAUUGUUGGUGCUUAUAAUCCCCUCGAUUGGACAUAUGGUUCAUAUCGCGUUUAUCCAAUAGGUAUCGAAUACAGAUAUACUUCAGAUAGUUUUAUUUUUUCUUAUGAUGCAGGUGUGAAUGAUGGUGUAAAUUAUCGAUUAAGCCGUGUUGUAAAUUUUGAUGAAGCAAUCGCCUCUGAGAAAAUAAGUACUAAUAGAAAAGAUCUCAAUGGUUUAAUAUUAAGAUUUGGUAAUGAUUUAAGAUUUAUCCAUAAUGGAAGUGGACGUCGGAAUGUUCCGGAUCGUGUCUUUUGCCAUAUUGAGCAGAAUGGUCAUUAUGAACAACCGGCUAUAAUACCUUCUGGAAAUUAUGAAAUUGAUCAAUGGGAAAUUUUUAGAGUUUCUAGAAAAGAUCCGGAAGCUUUACUGUAG